UCCAGCGUCUCUCUGCUCUGUGGUCUUUCGAUAAUUCCAUGGUGGAUACUGAUCCAGAAAUUGUAGUGUGCUGAUAGGGAUUUUCUUUCUUUUUUCUUGUGUUUUGUUACUCAGCAGCGUGCAAUACGAUUCAGAUAUCGGUAUCUAGGAUAACGGUUAUCGUCAAGCCGCAUCAUUCAGGCUAUUUCUUAGCACUAUCUCUUAUCGCCGGGGCUAGAUAACCCGAGUGGGUCUCUUCUCCAUGGUUCAAGAGUCCAAAGCUUCGAGGCUAAGGCCAAGGAAGGUCCACGCGAGAGAAAAUAACCAGUGGCGGCUCACUCCGCCAUUUUCAGUGCUAUCCCGGUGGCGUCACAGAUCGUGUGUCUUCGAGUCACCCACCACUAUCAGGCAGCUGGAUAGAUACGGAUAUGUACUUAUCCUCACCGACAUAGUACUGGCUGCAACAAGAUGCCCGAACAUCGGCUCGUGUCCGGGAAAAUAUGAGAUCAUAAUCGGAGCCACAAAAGUUUUCCGGUCGAUAGACAGUCCGUCAGAAGGAAGUACACGGGAGAUGACGACUCUGUCAACCUCCAAGCAUGGGUUAAUAUUCUCUGACUUCCCCCAAGAAGUUCUGCGCAUAAUAGAUUCCCAGGGAGUUCUGGUAUUCGAUCGGAAACCAGUUUUGUGACAUCGCCAAUCAUAGAGCCCUCUUGCAACCACUGCCGUCUCACCACAUAACUCUCGAGGUCUUGUAUCUGGAUGCAAAACUGGAUUCUCUCGAAUAUUAUGGGCGAAACGACUUGUCGAGGAUAUUUAAUGGAUCUGGGGCGGAACGGCUCGCUGAAGCACUUCCCAUCCCCGAGAC